UCGAGUGGCUCGUUGCUUGAUUUCGGACUUGCCUUGUAUAGUCAACAACACCGUCUCCUGCUAAACAACCGCUGCUGUCACACGCAAGCGUGAAAUCUGACGUGAUGCUCUUGCCACCGUCCCAUUCAACCGUUUGUUGGGAUCCUCCCUUCAGACAGUCGUGCGUAUGCGCUGGUAACGACACAACGGCAUUGUCGGAGCUGUGUUUAAACCGAAACGAGCGAUUGACAGAGAGAGAUCAAUAGGUAACUUGAUCCGGAUUGAUUUCCUGCGGCAAUGUAAAGAUGGCGAGAGUGCUCCACAACUUGCUGAUAUUUCUAAUCAGACUUGCGCUGAAAAUCAGAGUUUUGGGGUAUUGGUCAUUGAUAUACGGUUAUUGUGCUCUUUGCACCAUCGUAGCCCUGCUGAAACUUUGGUGGAGCAUCAUCUUAAGGCCGACAACAACCUUCCAAUGGGUGAUUCGUGAAACUCCCCCGGCUUGUCUGAAUGACACGUCCUUGGGAACCCACUGUUAUGUUAGGAUCAAGGAGUCCGGCCUUAGGUUUCACUAUGUUGCCGCUGGGGAGAGAGGAAAGCCGCUCAUGCUGUUUUUACACGGCUUCCCUGAGUUCUGGUUCUCCUGGCGUUACCAGCUGCGCGAGUUCAAGAGCGAAUUCCGUGUGGUGGCCAUCGACAUGCGGGGCUACGGGGAGUCCGACCUGCCACUGUCCACUGAAAGUUAUCGCUUCGACUACCUGGUCACCGACGUCAAGGACAUUGUGGAGUACUUAGGAUACAACAGAUGUUGCCUUGUUGGCCACGACUGGGGUGGGACCAUAGCGUGGCUGUUCGCCAUUCACUACCCAGAGAUGGUGACGAAACUCAUCGUCCUAAACAGCCCCCAUCCUUCUGUGUUCACAGAUUACGCUCUGCGUCACCCGAGCCAGCUGCUGAAGUCCAGCCAUUUCUUCUUCUUCCAGCUGCCCCGCUUCCCGGAGCUCAUGCUCUCCAUCAAUGAUUUCAAGGCUCUGAAGGCCUUGUUCACCAGCCGCAACACGGGGAUUGGAAGGAAAGGCCGAUGGCUCACUGCAGAGGACCUGGAGGCCUAUCUGUAUGCGCUCUCACAGCCGGGAGCUCUGACUGGAGCACUCAACUAUUACAGGAAUGUUUUCAGCUCCCUCCCUCUGAGCCACAACCACGUCAGGUCUCCAGUGCUGCUGCUGUGGGGUGAGCGGGAUGCCUUCCUGGAGCAGGAAAUGGCCGAAGCCUGCCGCCUCUACAUCCGGAACCAUUUCCGUCUCAACAUCAUCUCUGGAGCCAGUCACUGGCUGCAGCAGGACCAGCCUGACAUUGUGAACACUCUCAUAUGGACCUUUCUCAAGGAAGGAGAGGGACGCAAAAGCUACAGGAACUAAACCCACAGCGGGGGCCUCCUCCGUCCCCUCCACUGUCCCCCUCUCGCUUGCCACACCUGGAAACCUGGAAUAUGCCUGUGAUACCAAGCAACAUAGUGAUAAUGCAAUCAUUCUUUAAAUCUUUCACAUUUCAACUAUUUUUUAAAGAAGUCAGCGGUAAAGGAAAGAAUCAAAGCACACUUCACCUGGAGAGGACACUGAGCAGAACGUGUGAUACAUAUUCAAGAUGUUUUUGCACAUGACAUCCGCCUUAAAGUUUGUCAGUUACAGCAUUACAAAUGUGUGGCAAAAAUCUCCUCGUGAUUUGUAUUGUGUGGUGCCUUUUAACUAUGGAGUUGUCGCGGUGUAAAGCUGUCCUGAGAGACUGGGAUGUGGCGUCGUCUGCUUGUGUGUUUCACCGGGUCGCUCCACUCUUCUUUGGGCACAGUCCUUUGGGGAGCCAUGACUCUCCCAACUCCCUUUAUCAGGUAGUGCUGUCUAAAGGAGGUUUCUUUUUUUUGUAUUUUUUCCUCAGAGAUACUUGCUCAAACGUAGAGAAUGUUGUUAUUUUGAUCUUCCUGUAUAGAAAUGUCAGUGAUGGUUGACUAUUGUACUAUUUUGUAUCUAUUCCUACACACUGCAUUUUGAAGAUUCACUGAGCCAAGUCUACACCAUUUGAUUUUAUAAAUAAAUUGAGUGUCAAUCUGUUGGACUACA